GACUUUCUGACGGAGUUGUCAAAAUCAGAGGGUUUAGAAAAAGAAAUUACUUUGUUAAAACGCCCUUUAAUCCCAGUGCGGUAGUCAUGUUUCCGUUUUAUUUAUUAUUUGGUUAAAGUAAAAUGGUGAAUCCAAUUUGAAAUGUUAAAUAAAAAUCAUCACAAGUAGGAUCAUUAACAGUGUUCAAUUACCAAAACAAUGAAUUUGGAAGAUUCAGGGGGAAAUCUGGUUCUUGGACCAGAAACUGUUUAUGGGACUCACGAGGACUCUCAUGUAGUCAUGUCUGAAAAGGUACAGUCGCUGGCUGGCAGUAUCUAUCAAGAAUUCGAAAGGAUGAUAGCUAGAUAUGACGAAGAUGUAGUCAAAACUUUAAUGCCCCUUUUGGUAAAUGUACUGGAAUGUUUAGAUGCAGCUUAUCAACAAAACCAAGAACACGAUGUGGAGUUAGAACUACUGAGAGAAGAUAAUGAACAACUUGUAACACAAUAUGAAAGGGAAAAAGGAGCACGAAAGACUUCAGAACAGAAGUUAUUGGAGUAUGAAGAUGCUGCAGAAGGGGAAAGAAAGGAGAUGUCCACUCGUUUGGAAGCACUCGAGAGCAUCGUGCGAAUGCUCGAACUCAAACACAAAAAUUCCAUGGAACACGCUGGCCGUUUAGAAGAAAGAGAAGGGGAAUUGAAAAAGGAAUACGCUAAGCUUCACGAGAGAUAUACGGAACUAUUCAAAACGCAUGUAGAUUACAUGGAACGAACGAAACUAUUACAUUCUAGUCAACAAUUAGCCAAUGAACGAGUCGAUUCUGGACGACUGAAUUCCAAUCGCUUGAAUGUCGGCAGAAGUUCGGGACCUAUUUCGUUUGGAUUUGAAUCACUAGCCAAUGCCGAAAUUGUUGAUAGUGUGCCGUCCUCGCCCAUGAGUAGUGCUCAUUCCUCUCCUAGCUUACAUAGCGAAUUAGACAACGUACGGGACGGUGUCCUUAAAGUUGAGAGGGGACAAGCGACUGAUUCUCUUAAUUUGGAGAAUAAGAGUGUGAUAACUUCUCCGAUCAGCCCUCAGGCACCGACGCAAAAUAAUAAUAGUCGUAUUAAUACCAAAAAGGAACAAAGGAGUGGAAAUACUUUGUACCAAGAAUUAAGUUACCAUGUAAGUGGAUGGGUUCAUCCAGGAGAAUAUGCAUCGUCAGGUAUGGGAAAAGAAGUAGAAAAUCUUAUAAUGGAAAAUAAUGAGCUACUUGCAACAAAGAAUGCUUUGAACGUUGUCAAGGAUGAUCUGAUAGUAAAAGUAGACGAGUUAACUGGAGAAAUUGACAUGUUGCGGGAAGAAAUUUUAUCUUUGAACGUUUCUAGAACUAAACUGAAAGAAAGGAUUAGCGAUCUAGAAGAUGAAUUAAAGAAAGUCAAAGAAGCUAAUGAAGCUAAGCAAGAAGCUGACGAAGAAGCCGACGUACCUAUGGCUCAAAGGAAGAGAUUUACUAGGGUCGAAAUGGCUAGAGUUCUUAUGGAACGUAAUCAAUAUAAGGAACGUUUUAUGGAACUUCAAGAAGCCGUUCGUUGGACUGAAAUGUUGCGAGCGUCCAAAAGCGAUGCGCCGUUCGAGAAAAAUAGUAACAAGAGCAUUUGGAAGUUUUUUAGUAAUCUCUUUUCGGGAAACGAGCGAGUUCAGAGGCCGAUGGUAGUACCUCAUCUGAGGUAUCAAACGACAACCAAUCAAGUGACGCCUGGAAUCAAAGCCCUCCCUAGGAUCACUCACCACGACCUCAUCGAAACAGAGAUUGGUUCGGACAAAUUGGUUCUACGAAAAGCGUUGGAAAGAAAGGACCAAUACAGACAAGUGAGGGCGCACGUGAAAAAGGAAGACGGCAGGUUACAAGCUUAUGGAUGGAGCCUGCCUGGUAAAGUAGGUUCGGCCAAUUCGCAAGGACGACAAAGUAGCGGAGGAGUUCCUGUUCCGGUACCAGUCUAUUGUCGACCGUUAGCAGAGACUACGCCAGAAAUGAAAAUUUGGUGCGCAGCCGGAGUCAAUUUGAUGGGAGGAUAUACCAAAGAUGGAGGAUUAAUGGUUGGAGGCAGUGUUUUUUAUUCCGAUGAGCCAAAAUCUCCCUCGCCAAAGCCUCAAAACGAAAUGGAAACCCUCGAUCAAGAACUCAACUAUGGUAAAGACGGUGCUCUAUUAGAAACUAGACUCUCAUCUUACGUUUGGAUAUGCACUACCACUCAAAUCAUAGGUACCAAUUCCCAAACUCAAUCCGCUAGUCUAGUUACCGUAAUCGACGCCAAUAAUCCGGCCGAACUUCUUAACAGCUUCGGAGUAUGUUCAGGUCAUGUUCUGUGUAUUGCCAGCGUUCCAGGUGCUAGUCCGAGCGAUUACGAAGAUAAUCUACCCAAGAUCGAAUGCGAGUGUAGUGAGGUUAAUAUAAGUAAGAGCAAUUCAAAAGAUAAUGAAUCAUCUGACGUCAACGAAAAGGAAAAAGGAGAGACUGGAAAUGGUAGCAAUAAUAAAAGCACUGAAGAUACUUCUAGUCAGGAUGUGUUUGACAGUCCAGCUCAUAGACAGUCUAAUAAUAAACCAAAACCAGUAAUAAUAAACUCUAGAUGUCAAGAAGAACAGACGGAAAUGGCGUUGCUUGGUAAAAUUAUAUAUGUCGACAAAGACGAAUCAGUUGUAAAUAGGAGGGAUAAAUAUGCCAAACAAGAAAACGUUAAUUGUGAUAAUAAUAGUAAAGAUAAUUUAGAUGAAACUAAUGCGUCUUGUGAUAACAAUAGCGGCGGUGAAGGCUCUAAUGCUGAAACCAGCUCAAAAAAUACUCAGUCAACAGAAAGUGAUAGUACUCAAAAUGAUGAACCUCAAAAUCAAGAGGUUAUGUCCAGUGUAUUGGCUACCAUGUGGAUGGGUGACGAAGAAGGAAAUAUUUAUAUUCAUUCUGCGGUAGCGAAUUGGGCUCAGUGUCUGCACACUGUUAAAAUGAAAGACGCUGUUAUAUCCAUAGUCCAUCUAAAUGGCAGAGUAGUAGUGGCAUUGGCUUGUGGUCAAGUCGCUGUUUUCAGAAGAGAUUCAGAAGGUGAGUGGGACUUGUCGCAAUAUCAUUUAGUACACAUUGGUCUUCCACACCAAUCUGUACGUCAAUUGGCUGUGGUAGGAGACAAAAUUUGGUGCGGAUAUAGAAAUAAAAUACACGUGUUGCAACCUCAUGAUAUGCAGAUUAUCCACACGUUGGAAGCACACCCACGGAGAGAGAGUCCGGUCAGGCAAAUGGCAUGGCUAGGUGAAGGCGUUUGGGUGUCGAUUCGAUUGGAUUCCACUCUAAGACUUUAUCAUGCGCAUACAUACCAACAUCUACAGGAUGUAGACAUUGAACCUUAUGUUAGUACGGGUAAAUUAGGAUUUUCUUUAGUUCGAAUAACUAGUCUUCUUAUUUCAUCGAAUCGGCUGUGGAUCGGCACGAGUAAUGGAGUAAUAAUUUCUGUACCACUCUCUGAUGGUAAUCCAGCCGCCCUCAUUCCAAGAACCAGUUCAUUACCUGGCCAAAUGAACGUUAGAUUUAGACCAAUACCCGGAAAUGCACCACCGUUCUGUACCAUGGCGCAUGCGCAACUAAGUUUCCACGGGCACAGGGACAAUGUAAAGUUCUUUGUGGCUGUACCUGGAAGUGGAGGAAUGAGUGCAGCGUCCACGCCAUCCGAAGCAAUGUCCGCUUCAGUAUCUUCAGUAGGAAAUACAUUAAAAAGUCCCACAGCGAUGCUGGUUAUUUCUGGCGGUGAAGGUUACGUCGACUUCAGAAUCGGUGAUGAAAUGGAAGAAAGCAUGAUAAGUAACGCCGAGAUAGGUGUGUCGGAAGAAGCACAGGCUGGAGACAAUCCGAUCCGAUCUGGUGAUCUGAGUCACCUAAUAGUUUGGCAAGUAUCAUCCAGUUAAGUCCAAGUUCAAUACUCAGAAGGGAAAGCUGGAUUAGUUUUCUAAUUAAGUAUCAUGUGAUAGUAUUUUAGUUUUUUGCAUUUUCUUUUAUGUAUUUUCUAUGGAACGAUGCUAUAGUUCAGUCUAUCAAAUGUGCUGCAUCUUUUUAUUAGCAAUUUUAGAACUGCUUCGAUGGUGCAUUUAGCUAUUAGUUUUUAACACUUUUCAUAAUUAUAUAUUUUAUCGAAUUAGAAAGUGCAAGAAACUAAUUUACGAUGUGAAUGUUUGUUUUAAAUAUUUUUUAACAAAUCGAAAGUAACAUUUGACAAACAUAAACGUUUAUUUAAAUUAUAUGCCAUGUAAAACAAUUUAAAUUAUAUGCCAUAGAUACCCCUUUUACUUCCUGUAUGCCAGUUGUUUGGUACGUCAUUGAUGCUCUUGUUUUAAUGUAUCAUUCUUUUUUGUUCUCUUUCUCUGAAAAAUGGCUUUGGCAGAGCCAAUUAGCCAGACUUGUUUUUGUUUGUUAUGUAUCAUUCUUGUAUCAAUAAAAGUCAUAUUUUUUUCACGUUUUCCGUGGCCUUCCUUUUGGUCUUGCGUUUUGUAUUUUACUAUCUAGGGCUCUUUUUUGGCAAUCUCUCAGUUUCCAUUCUCACUACAUAACCAGCCCAUCGAAGUCUCCGAAGUUUAACGAAUUCUGAGAUCGGUCGGUGCCUCUUUGAACAGUUGGUGGAGUUCAUGGUUGUAGAGAUCCAAGAGAUAGGAGACUACUCUAAUAUAAUCCCAAAAGCCGCUAGCUAGGGAUAUAAAGGAAGACUAUUAUUAUUGAUCGUUGGCAUCAGUUUCUGAUUCUUCUGCAUUAUAUUUAGAACUUCGGUGUUUGUUGUUCUGUAUAAAGGUACAUUUCAAAAGCUUCGAUGCAUUUUUCUAGGAUCGAGCUCUCACAACCGUAUUGAAGAAUUGGUAAUAUAAAUCAGCGCAGUAUUCGGAUUCGAAGUAUCAGCUCUUAGAUUCCGUCUGAUGGACAAGUUUUUCAUUCCGAUAAACGUCUCCCUAACCUGUUCAAUUCUUGAUACGACCUCUUUUGUCGAAUUGCAAAUACUAUUCAUUAGUGCACCCAGCUAUCUGAUGGAUGACACCUGUUCAACGUUUCUGUCAUGUAUUCGGAAGACAGCUUAUGUUUGUAAUUUGGAGAAAACCUUAAGAUUCGUUAUGAUGUUCAUAUAUAGACCAUGCUACAUGCUACAAUGUCGUCUGUAGUUCCGGCAGGCUGCUGGCCAGAACGACUGUAUUAUCGGCAUAUCUGAUAUUAUUAAUUGUUUUGCCGAUGAUCAUGAUUCCUGCCCUAUUACCUGUAUGAUGUAACUGAUGUAGAUGUAGCUUUAAAAUAACCAUGCGAAGAUGUUUUCCGAGUACAGAUUAAAGAGAAAUGGGGGAAAUAUACAUUCCUGUCGUACACCUUUUCUUGUGGCUAUCUCCUCUGGCAAGCUGCUCUCCUCAUUUACCACCUUAUUUUCUAGUAUAUCCUAUUUUUUCAUCUGCCAUCCACGGUUGUUUCUUUGUAUUAAAGGAUUAUACACAGAAGGAACAUCUACUCCGGAUAUGUUUUUGGCGGUUUUUAAUUAAUUUUUAAUGAAGAUAUAAUCAAUAUAAUUUCUGAUAACGUUUCGAGAACGGUCAGCUGAAAAUUUGCAGGUGUAAAUUCUUCGAAGAAUUAAUUAGAAAAAGGUAACAGUCACAUCCAUUUCUUGGCAGAACUAAAUAAAACGGUCUCUUUUAUUGUUUCUUAUUACCUGUCCAAAAUGUCUUACAAUAUUGUUAUCAACUACCUUGUGCACUUUAGGCUUAAGGACAUGUGAUCUUAAGUAGAACAUUGAUUUCUUGUUUUUUUGUGGGCUUUAGUAAUACUACCUCAUUACACAACUUUGAACUAUUUAUUGAAUAUUCACUCCGCAAACUUCGCAGCAGUAUAUCGUGUGAUUGCCUACUUUACGGUGGCCUGAAUCCAGCCAGGUACUUUCUGCAAAUCGAUUUUACUAAUGUUCAUGGGCUCUUUGACCUAGCGUUCCUUAAAAUUUAAUUAAAAUUAAAUGCUGGUAUGAUAAUUUUUCUAAUCGUUAUGUUUGUCUUUAGUUGUAACUUUCGAGUGGUUAUCGUGUUUUAUAUUUCAAUCGGCAACGAUAGUAAAACAAAUUUGAUUUUUUAACUAAAAAGAUUCACUUCAAACUGCAUGGCAGGGUUUUUAUCUGUUAAUUGCAGUUUGAAAAACGAAAAUGUGCUAAAUUACGUUUAUUUAAUUUGUACACUUCAUAAAAACGUUAGUUAUUUUCUUCUUUUUAGAAAAAAUAAACACUAGCAUAUUUUUUUGGUUUCUUUUGUAUGAAGAAAUUUUACUAUGAGUGAAUUAAAAUAACUAAUGGAAAAUUUUUGUGACAUAUGGACACACCUGAGUAUGAUUCGCCUGUUUUCAACUCUAGACUUGUUUUUUAGUCGUCUAGUCAAUGCCCAUGUCCAUAUGAAUGAGUCGAUCUUUUAAUCAGUAACCUACUAAAGAUUUCAUGUGAUAACAAUCGCAAUCAUUUAAGAUAAUCGACCAAAACAUUUUUAUAGACUAGCUAUCGAGUAUACUAUAUGACAAAAAUGAGUUAAACCGUAAUAUAUAGUUCAAAAUAAAACAUAUUUUGAAUUCUACGAUUGGUUUAAGCUGUAUAAGAUGGGAGGGACAGUUUGCACAGAAUAUUUCAUAAAUUCCCGGUUGUUCACUAGGAAUGUUGUCUUUGACUGUGUUUUGAAAUGGAUAGUUUUUAAAAUAAUUAAUUAUUUGCUCGUGUGAGUCCAUUUCAAACUGGGUAGUAGAAAUAAAUGACAGACUUAAUUACAAUCUAUUUAUUUAGUUCUUUUUCUUUAUGUGCCGUCUCCUACCGAAGGUUGGCGACCAUCAAACGAUAGGUUUCUCUGUUUUGUACCGCAUGUAUUAUGUUCGCAGCUUCUGGUAUUUGAAACCAUUCUCUCAAGUUUCUCGGCCAGGAUUUCUUCUUUCUAUCCAAACCUCUUCUACCUUCAAUCUUGACUUCCACAAUAAUCUAUUUGGUAAGCAACAAUUAGUAAGAAACUAAUUCAACCAAACCUUACAUCAGGUAUGGUACAAAAGAUACCAAUAUUACUUAGGGUUCCAGUAUUACUUAGUUAAAAUUGAGGGGGGUGGUUUUUCAUUGAAUGUAAAGGUAAUUCAUAUAAAAAUAAUAUAAGCAGUACUUACAUAACGAUACAAGGUCUAUUUUAAAGAUGACGUGUUUCAAAUGCUCGUUUUUGCUAAAAUAUCGUCUGUGGGUUUUCAACUAUCAGCAAUAGAAAAUAUCGUUGAAUCGUUUAGAGGAGAAAACAAAGCGUCUGUAAGGAGUAAGAAAAAAUCAUGAUAGUAGAUAGAGCACAAAACAAUCUUCAUUACAUUAAAGAGAUUGUUCGAAGUAGUAAAUAGGUUCGUAUACCUAGGGUUUCGCACAACAAAUGAAGGAGGAUGCUACUUAAAGGUACAUAGAAGGCUUAAUAUUGCAAGAACAUCUGUGAUGGCGCUAGUAACCUGUUGCUAGGCUUUACAUAUUCUGUUAAGAGUUCUUCUUCUUCAUGUACCAUGUCCUUUCAGAACGUUGGUUACUAUCAUAACUAUCUUAAUUUUAUUCACUGCCACCCUAAAUAGGAUGCUUGUAUCAACACCAUACCAAUCUCGCAAGUUCUUCAACCAUGAGGUUCUUCUUCGUCCUGGACUGCGUUUGCCUGCUAUUUUUCCUUGUAUGAUAUUUUGUAGCAACCUAUAUUUGGGACCUCUCAUUACAUGUCCGAAAUACUCUAGCUUUCUCUGCUUGAUGCUUUUUAUGAUCUCAGUAGUCUUGCUGAUCUGUUCUAGUAUUGUGGAGUUUCGAAUUUUCUCCACCCAGGAAACUUUUAAAAUUCUUCUAUAACACUACAUUUCGAAAACCUCAAGGCGAUUUAGAUCGAUUUUAUUCACAGUCCAGGACUCGACACCGAGUAAGACACCCAAGUAAGACCGAGAACACGCAACAGCGAAGUAGGAUCCUUAAUGCCAAUUUUAGGUCUCUGUUACAUAACACCUUGGACAUCCUUCUAAAAGCGGCUCUAGCCUGCUACAUUCUAGAUCUAAUUUCACAGUGACUUUCUGCGUUACAAUUUAAUUGCUGUUCAAGGUAAACGAUUUUAUCAACAUUCUCAAGUUUGGUAUUAUUUACAUAUAUAGACGGUUUUAUAUGCUGUUAUUUACUUAUUACGAAUAUUUUGAUUUUCCGUAUGUUCAAAUCCAGACCUGCCUCCCUACAACUCUCAACGACACUAUCAAGUAGUGUUUGCAGAUCUUCUUGACUAGAAGCUAGGAGUACUGUAUCAUCCGCAUAUCGCAAAUUAUUGAUGAGUUCGCCGUUCACAAGUAUCCCUUCUUGUUUUUCAGAAAGUGCUUUUCUGAAAAUUCUUUCGGAUUAAACGUUAAAAAGCAGGGGUGACAAGAGGCAUCCCUGGCGUACUCCUCUUUUAAUAUUGAGAGCCUGUGAUUCCAUACCAGGUUUAACAUACAUGUUUAACAGGUUAAACGUUAAAAAGCAUUGCAAUAUAAAUUUGCAAUUAUUCGAACAUCUCUGUCGUCCAAGCCAAUGUCUUUUAGAGUUUCGAUCAAUAUAGAGUGCUAACACGAUCAAAUGCCUUUUGGAAGUCAAUAAAACAACAGUAUAUGUCUAAAGAUAUAUCUCGACAUCUUUGAGCAAGUACGUUCAUUCCAAACAGUGCCUCUCUCGUUCCAAACCCGUUAUGGAAACCAUACUGACUGUCAUCCAGGUAUUCCUCGCAUUUAUUGUAGAUACGACCAUGUAUUAUCUUCAGAAAAAAUUUUAAUAAGUGGUUUAACAAACUGAUGGUUCUAUAAUUAGCACAUGUUUUUGCUGUUGUCUUCUUAGGUAGAGCUAUAAACAGUGAAUUAGACAAACCAUUAGGUAGUUGUCCGCUGGUAUAAGUAGUAUUGAAAAACAAAGUUAUAGCCUCUAAAACAUUGCUAUCAUUUAUAAGCUUGUAUAUUUCAGUUGGAAUUUCAUCAGGACCAGUCGCUCUGCCAUCUUUUGAUGUUUGUAUGGCUUUUAUAACCUUUUAUAACCUCAGAGCGUGUUAUUAGGGGUUCGUCGCAGUUAGUAAUAUCGGGAGGUGAACUACUCCUAUCGUCUUCGAAUAGGUUCGUGACGUAAUUUUCCCAUUCUUUAAGUUUGUCCUCUACUUUAUUACUUUACCAUGUUCAUCCUGUAGCAAUGUGGUUUGUUUCUUAUUGAAGAUACCAGCCGCUUCUUUCACUUUUUUAUACAUGUUAAACGUGUCGGAUCUGUUUUCAAGUUCUUCAAUGUCAUGACACUGUUUGGCUAGAUGUUGACUCUUUGCUUCUCGUAUUUUACGUCGAAUUUCUUUUUGUAUGCUGUUGUAAAGUGUUUCGUUGUUUUUCGUUAGUCGCCGUUGUUCCAUCAAAUCCAAUAUGUCAUCUGUCAUCCAAGUCUGCUUUGACCUGCCUUGUAAAUUUCUCAGAUUUCUUUUACUGUUGUUACGAUUUUGUUUAAGCCCUCAUCGACGUUUUCAUCAAUAUUUUCCCAAAUUAAAUUUUCGUUCAGUUGUCUUUGAACUGAUUGCUUAGCUUUCUUGUCUUGUAAUUGGGCUGUAUGAAUAAAGAGAGUUGAGAGAUGAUUUUCGGUGAAGAUCAAAACCUGGUGCAAUUUGUGUGAUGCAAGAAGAACAGGUACAGUGGAAAACUGAUCAUCGAGGGCAGAGUUAAAGGAAAAAACCAAGAAGAAUAUCUAGAAGCCGUUGCUUGGAUGAAAUACUGAUCAAUCGAGGGUUACAUAAAGCCGAACAACUAGCCCAGGAUAUAGAGGAAUGGAAGGGACUUGUAAAAAGGUAUGAAAAUUUAAUGUGUCACAAAAUCCCUAUAAAGGAUUGGGACUGAGGAAAAGUAAGGUUACAUUUUUAAAAUACUUAUUUUAACAUUUCCCAUUAUUACUAUUUUGCGAAUCACCUAUAUGACUGAUUUAAAUCGAUAUUAUUUUAUCGCAGGAAUGUUUACUUGGAUGCCUUGCAAUUGUCAGUAAUUUUUUUUACCUUGCACUCUUAAAGCGUUAUUUUAAAUAAACAAACCUUCCAAUUCCCUAGUGUUUGUAAUAAAUAAUAAUAAAUCCAUAAACAAAUCUUAGCUAAUUAAGCACUUUCCAUGGAAUGUAUAAAAUAGAACAGAAUAGAAUAGAAUUAUGACAAACUGCUAUGCAUUAAAAAAAAAAUAACCUUUUCACGUUUAGCCGAUUACGAUCCUGCAACUGUCAGAUUUAACUAAAAUGUCAUGCAAUAAUUCUCGACAUUCUUAAAAUCCUAUAUGACGUCAAAAUUAGUGACGCACUGAAAAAAGGGUUUGGGACAAACUGUAGUCUGGAAUAGUAAUGCUCAACAUGUGAUACUGGUAGAAGAACAAGAUGGCCAUGUCCGAUGUGGUAUGUUAUUAUGAAUAUUGCCUCUGUAAAUUCGUUUAUCUUUUUUCAAACUGGUACUGACAGUGACAUGACACAGAGACAAUUUGUAAUUGACAAGCGUCUAUUCAUACCUUGUUACAAUUCGUCUUCGAUGCUCGCGCAUCCAUGUAAUCAUGAUACUAUUACUAUAAGAUAUUGCGCAUGUUUUUGUGACGUCAUUGGAGACUUGCACGUUCGAAAUGUCAGUUUUUGUAUAUAUCAUUAAAUAAUCUUUAAUAAAUAGUUUGGAGAUAUCCUUAUGUGUACGAUUAUUGUAAUUACUAAACCUCUUAACUUAUUUUCGUCUAGUAAUUUCAUCACAGAAUGCAUACAAAUCUCAUUUAACUUUAACAAGAAUUCAAAUUCUAGUCUCCAAUGACGGCAUGCGCGAACCCGACCGAUUUUGAGCUACGGGAAGAUCCUAUCUUGUUAUUCAUAGUAUCAUGCAUGUAAUAUCAAUAUUAAAUAUUUUACUAGGUUAUGCCUGUCAGAGGUUUGUUGUUCAUAUUCAUAGGAUUUAUUCCUAGAUAAGGUUCUGAUACUUCUGAUAUAUGAUUUAAUUCGUUUUUGUGUUUUGUAAUUAUUGUAAAUAAAAUUUAUUGUUAAAGUUUAAUUUUAAUAAACAAAUUUAUUGUUAAAGUAAAGUUAAGAGUUUA